AUGGCCGCCAUUCCAAAGCUUUUCCUCCUUUCGCUUGUCUCGCUUGCUGUUGCCGGCCUUCCAGGAGCGAACAUCGAGGCCAGGCAGGCGAGCAGCUGCUCGGGAAAUGACCUUCUAGGGUACCAAUGCUUUCCGCUCGGCCCCAGCAGCUACGCCACUUCCUACUGCUCCGGCUAUCCACCACAGGGCACCAGCACGGUCACCUCGUGAGACUCUUCUUGGCUUAUGCCGCAAGACUCCAAGCUGAACCGGAAUUAGGACGCCUACGGUGACUGUCACAGCAACAACCAAUGUCGCAACCAUUUUCGAUCCAACCACGACGAUAACCGUAACCUCGUAUGUCAACUGUUAGGGAGAGUGGAGAGGACAUUACUGAUUGAGCACGCAGCUUGGCAUAUGAGAACACCACGCUGUGCGUGUAAUGGCACCCCGGUCCUGACUAUCUUGCCGUUGAAUGCUAAUUGACAUAGCAAUGCCACGGACUUCCAGACAGUCACAACCGGUACACAAACGUCGUACUUGGCUACGGAUACAAGCACUCUGACUAUGUAAGGCCAUGAGCCCCGAUUCGUCUGUGAGACCUGCGACUGACUGACAUUACGUGAAGCACUUCGACGUCGUACACUUGUGGCGUUGCAACCACGACGGCUCCCGCACGGAGAGGCCUUCCAUACCGCCGACAAGGCUCUACGACUGAUACUAUUACCGACACUACCGCUAUCAGUAGCUGCCUUAGUUCGUUCCAGGUCGCCAAGGGUACCGAUGGAGUCCGCGGGGCUUGCGCGUGUCGAUUCCCCGAUGUCGCUACGACUACCACUGUACCAGUGGCGAUUGCAGCUACGACUACUGUUACGGUAACUGCUCUGGUGAGUUCAUUGUCUGAAUUGCUAAUUGGUACCACACGAUCUAACAAGCUCUCAGACUUCGGCGACUUUGACCACUCAGGGUGCCACCACAGAAACAGACGAGGCCACGUCCCAGGCGACAGUAACCAGCACUGAAUUCGUCACGCAAUCUGUAAGCUCCGACUCCUCCUCCACUGCGUCGGGAGAUACUAAUCCCACGGCCCCCCCAACGACAGAUCCCACCCUUCGUCUCAGGCACCACGACCGUAACCGUCACCUCCACCACCGUCGUCACCAGCCCCUCGCCCAUCCCCUCCGGCUUCCGCCUGUUCACAAACUACACCGACGGCUCCACCGCCUACGCAGACAACAUCCGCAUCGGCAGCGGCUACGAAAUCAUCUUCACCAACGACACCACCACCCCGGGAGACCCCUUCUACGUCAACUCCACCGGCCAACUCCUCAACGACGGCCUCUUCGCCGCCGUCGCCGCCGAGGCGGAAAACUACGUCAUCCCCUUUGUCUUCCUGCUCCCCAACGCCGCGCCCCGCCCCGGCACCUUCCUGCUGAGUUUCAGCGUCUGCAAUGGCGUCUUGCAAGCCAGUCGCGCGGGCGGCGGCGGCGGCGGAGGAGGAGGAGAGACUUACGUCUCCGGCCUGUGCACGGUCGACGGAAACGCGGUUCUGGCCAUCGGAAGCGCGACUUCCUUCCCUUCCAACGCCACCUGUGCCCUCGUCACCCUCUACCUCGAAGGCGGCUCUCUGCCGACGAGCGGCGCGGUUACAACUGCUAAUCCGCUCGCUCCCUCGACCGUCGGCGGCUUUUCCCUCCCUUUGCUGCUUUCCACUUCGACUCCGACGGAUUUUUCGACUUUUUCCUCUCUUUUGGGAACGGGGACUUGGCCUGUGAUACCGACUCCGACUUUGAAGCUUAGGCAUAAGAAAUUGAGGAGGGUUCUUUAG